AUGGCAACCCCGAAACAAGGACCGUUCACCGGCCCGCCCCCGAGGUACAUCAACGACUUCAGCAAGGCGCUCGCGAGCGAGGUGCGCAUCCUCCUCCAGGAGGUCGGCAAGCUGCGCGACGAGCGCCGCGCUCUCCAGCACGAGAUCGCAGAGCUCAUGGCCGUCAAGUCGAAACACGGCGCCGGCGGUGAAUACUCCCCCGACUGGCGUCCCAAGAUGCCCCUCCCCGAUAUGCUACCCCCGCCCGAAGCCCCGCCCGCACUCCCGCCGAUCGAAGACAUCGCCCCCGCAAAGCCCGGCUGGCGCACCGUGCACAAACGGCCCGAACGGCCCCCGCGCGGCGCAAAAGGCAAACAGCCCGCCGCCAUCGCUCCCGCCCCGCCCCCGCCUCCCCCAGAACCCCCCAAGCCCGAGAUGCCCUCCUGGGCCCAGUGGAGGCGCCCCGUCACCCCGCCCCCCUCAUGA